UCUUUUUCUGCACCGCGGUGCAGUCCCGCGGCCGAGAACCAGGUUCUCGAAUUCGAGCGUCUCUUCUCUCCUUCUUUGGACGCACUUUCCCGUCCCAGGACGGCUGCAGCGAUGUCUGCGCUGCGACCUCUCCUGCUUCUGCUGCUGCUUCUGUGUCCUGGUCCUGGUCCGGGACCCGGGAGCGAGGCAAAGGUCACGCGGAGUUGCGCUGAGACCCGGCAGGUGCUUGGGGCUCGGGGAUAUAGCUUAAGCUUGCUCCCUCCCGCUCUGAUCUCAGGUGAGCACCUCCGGGUCUGUCCCCAGGAGUACACCUGCUGUUCCAGUGAGACAGAGCAGAGGCUGACCAGGGAGGCUGAGGACACCUUCCGAGGCCUGGUGGAAGAAAGCGGGUCCUUCCUGGUCCACACACUGGCUGCCCGGCACAGAAAAUUUGAUGAGUUUUUCCGGGAGCUGCUCUCCGCAUCUGAGCGCUCCCUGGCCCAGCUCUUCUCCCGCUCCUACGGCCGCCUGUAUGCCCAGCACGCGCCCAUUUUCAGUGGCCUGUUCUCUCGACUGCGGGGCCACUAUGGGGGGGCGAGUGGUGGGUUAGAUGACACGCUCGCUGAUUUCUGGGCACAGCUCCUGGAGAGAGCAUUCCCUCUGCUGCACCCCCAGUACAGCUUCCCCCCUGACUACUUGCUCUGCCUCACUCGCCUCGCCUCCGCUGCUGAUGGCUCUCUGCAGCCCUUCGGGGACUCGCCCCGCCGCCUCCGCCUGCAGAUAACCCGUGCUCUGGUGGCUGCCCGUGCCCUUAUUCAGGGCCUGGCAACUGGAAGAGAUGUCGUCAGCACUGCACUGAAGGUUAGGGGUCCUGCAUAUCGAUGGGGCCAGGGAGGGGGAGGUAGAAGCCAGAAAGGCCCCAGGAGGAAGAGGUAGGUACCAGCU